UUUCAGUCAUGGGCUCGGAGAGUGUGAUGGAGCUGGAGUUCACUGAGGACCUGCAGCUGACCGAGGUGAUGCGGCUGAGGGUUCAGUCUCUGCAGCAGCGUGGGCAGAAGAGGCAAGACGGCGAGCGCUUGCUUCUGCCCCAUGAGGCGGUGUACCGGCUGGAUUUCACCGACCAGGAACUGACCUUUUCUCACUGGAACGUGACCCUGACUGGGACAGGCCGUCUUUCAGUUACAGGUAUCUCACAGCUAUGGACACCCGACCUCACCAAUCUGAUGACGCGCCAGCUGCUGGAGCCCACAGGCCAGUUUUGGAGGACGGCUGGUGACCCAGACGACGUGCCCAUUAAAUGCCUGGAGGCUGACAUCCAAGAGUUUGGAGAGAGGAUCGCUGAGCUGGCCAAGGUCAGAAAGGUCAUGUACUUCCUGUUCGCCUUCAAGGAGGGAGUGGAGAAGGACGGUGUAAAGUGCUCGGUGGUGUUCAAGAGGAGCGCCUAGGCCGGGUUAUGAGUUUGGAAGAAUGGAAAGCCUUUGAUGUAAUAUUUUUCUGAAACAUACUAAUGCUUAAGUUCACUAAUUAGUGUUUCUUCCCUUUUAUAUCUGUCAAUUAGAGAAUGAGUUAAUAGUGAAUGUGUUUGUUGUAAGAGUUUAAAAUCAGACUAAGUUAAUGUUGAAUUAACGUGAUGUGUACACAUACAUAUAUACACACAUACUAUGUCCAAACGG